CCAGACCCUGAACGAGGUAACCUUUCCUUAGAAUCUCACAACAUAGACCCUCCAUUUGUACCAACAGAUCACCUAGGACGAUGGAUUGAGGCCCGAAAGAAUAGCCUGGAAAUAACUUCAAUCCACCGUGAAACCACCGAGAACAUUAGGACUACAGCUGUCCCCUUCUUUAUGGGCAGGCGAAUAUUUGAGGACCACAACGAAAAGCACAUCCGAUACUGGAGGUAUCUCAUUCGAAUGGAAAAUAUGAGCGGUGAACGAAUGCAGCUAAGGGAGAGAUUCUGGAAAGUAUUUUCUAUAACAGGGAGCCUGGAAUCGGUUAAGGGAAAGGGAGUCGUCGGAAUGCAGCCGUCGUUGACGCCCGAGAGUCCAAUGUUCCAGUAUCACAGCCACGUCCAAACUCCUGUACCAUGGGCACACAUGUGGGGUUCGUUCCGCUUUGAAAAGGCGACCGGGGGCACUUUGGAUGUUAAAAUACCACCAUUUCCCUUAUGUGACAGAGCAUACUGGUCGAGCGAGACCAAAAAGUAG